AUUAACAAAUAGAAACCCAUCUCGUAGUCAAAACUUAAAGCUAAAAUAUACAAAAUAUGAGUACAAAAAUCGUACUUUCCGACAGCCUGUCGCCGCAGGUCAUCCGUCAGGUGAUGAAGGAGCUGCAGGAUAUGGUGACUGAACCACCGGAGGGCAUCAAGGUCCUAAUCAACGAACGCGAUGUCCUGGAUAUACAGGCUCUGAUCGAAGGACCCAUUGGCACUCCUUAUGCCGCUGGAAUUUUCCGCGUUAAAUUGAUUCUCAAGAAUGAUUUUCCAAUUACUCCUCCCAAGGCGAACUUCCUUACCAAAAUCUUUCACCCGAAUGUCUCUGCCAAUGGGGAAAUCUGUGUGAAUACAUUGAAAAAGGAUUGGCGGCCAGAUCUGGGCCUUAAGCAUAUUUUGAUAACCAUUAAAUGUUUAUUGAUUGCACCAAAUCCAGAGUCAGCUCUAAAUGCUGAAGCUGGUCAAAUGCUUUUGGAGGAAUAUGAAAACUACUUUCAGAGGGCACGCUUGAUGACAGAGAUUCAUGCCAAGUCUGGAGUUGAAGGUGAUGGCAAGCCAGGAGAAUCACAGGACAACAAGAUGAAGGACAAGAUCAAGGAGAAGUUGCAUAAGGAAAAGAAGCGUGUCCUAAAGAGACUUUGAGUAAGGAAUUUAAAUAAUUGAAGCGGGAGCAGGAGCAGGUUGAAGAGCAGGACUUGUAGAAAUACAAAAAGGCUUAAUGAAUUAAGUUGAAAAGUUAAGGACAUGACACCACUGACAAGAACUCUUAAAAAAAUACCAAGAAACCCAUAUGUAAAAUUUUAAUUUUAAUAAUA